AUGCAACAUGACCAAGAUAUGCCUCGAAACCUCCCAGGACAAUACUCCACAGACCUUGUAGCUGAGAGGUCCGUGGAGUUCCUAGACAGUGCUAUCGCUAAUGGGAAACCGUUUUUCAUUGGUGUUGCUCCAAUAGGCCCCCACUCAGAGACUAUCCAGGGCAAAUUCAAUCCUGCUGUUCCAGCAGACCGACAUAAGGAUUUGUUCCCAGGUUUGAAGGUACCGCGGGCUGCAAAUUUCAAUCCUGAUAAAGCAAGCGGCGGUGGCUGGAUUAAGACGUUGGCAAAGUUGAACCAGACUGUUGUUGACUAUCUGGACAACUUUUACCGUAAGCGUAUUCAAUCGUUACAAGCUGUUGAUGAUUUGAUCAAUUCAAUUGUCGAUCGUCUGGAACAGAGCCCUGAGGUUCUGGAGAAUACGUACCUCAUUUACACUACGGACAAUGGUUUCCAUAUCGGACAACAUCGGUUGGCGCCGGGCAAAACUUGUGCAAUCGAAGAAGACAUCAAUAUCCCGUUUGUGAUCAGGGGGCCUGGCGUUGAUAAAGGAAGAACAGUAUCGAUUCCCACCUCGCAUACGGAUAUCGUACCUACCCUGUUUCGCCUGGCAAACAUUCCGCUGCAAGCCGAAUUUGAUGGAGAACCCAUGCCGGUGACACGGGAACAAUUGCGGUCUACUUCAAGGAGGAGUGAGCAUGUCAAUUUGGAGUUCUGGGGCGACGGCAUUCUUGAAGGGGCGUAUCCUGGAGUUGGUAGUGGCUUAGCUGGAUCUCGUGGCUUGAACAACACGUGGAAAUCAGUACGAAUAAUCGGUGAGGGAUAUGACCUUGCCUAUGUGGUGUGGUGUACCAAUGAGCACGAAUUAUAUGACAUGCUGAGCGAUCCUGUGCAAAUGAACAACUUAUAUGGAGCCAGCGGCAUCAUCAACGGCUGGGAUUUGUCAAAGCUCACACCUCGUAUUGAUGGCCUAUUACUCACGCUCAAGGCUUGCAAGGGCCAAGUAUGCACUCGGCCAUGGGAGACUCUCCAUCCACGAGGCGACGUGAAUAGUCUCAGAGAUGCCAUGCGCCACGAAUUUGACCGAUUCUACCUGGAACAACAAGAAAAGGUUACAUUUACGGCAUGUAAAAACGGGUACCUCGCUGAGUUCGAGGGCGCUUUGCAGCCAGUGGUGUACCCAGGCAACCUGGAAUUAAGAGAAGCACGAUGGGAAGAUUGGACCUGA